CUUGUGCAUGUGGUUGGCAUAACAAAUGGCGGGCAGCUACCAUGGGCAUUGUACCAUUUAGUUUGAGCUGUACUCAGAACAUUGGCAACUACGAGGUCUUCUUUCUUUCCCUCGCUUUCCAUAACGAGUGCCUGCCCAAGACUAAGACUACCAUAAGUAAGCAAUGUCUUGCUUAUACUCAAGACGAGAUCAUUCCCAUGAAUACUUCAUACAUUGUGUCAGAGAGUGACGGUUCAGUGAUGUUUACCGUCCAGCGCAAUGGAUCUUCCAUACAAUUCCUUCAAGGACGCACCGAAAAUGGUACAGCUAUCGCUGUUGAGGACUACCUGGCAAAGGAUUUUAACUUCAGUUUUCCUGAAAGUGGAGACGUUGUGAUGUUUAAUGUGACCAUUGUAGAUGACCAAGUUCCCGAACCGACCGAGUGCUUCAUGGUGAAUUUUGACACGCCCCCGGGUGGGAGUGUCACUUCAAACAUAACUGUCUGUAUCAAAGACGAUGAUGAUCCGUGCACGUGCCCGAGUUGCGACCAGGAUCUCUGCAAGAAUGGAGGCACCUGCAUGAAUAAUGGAAUGGGAAUGGCCAACUGUAUGUGCUCACAGUACUGGAGAGGCGCCACCUGUGAAGAACCUUACCCCGUGUUUAGACUGAGCCCCAGCCGUCUCAGUGUUGAUGAAAAUGUUGGAUCGGUUAUGAUGAAUGUCACUCGAUUUGGGCCAUUCCUAAACACCAGUGUCAGUCUGCAAACAGUAGCUAGAUCAGCGGGAACUGGAGACUUCGAGCCACUUACCAAUCUUCGCGUGACCUUCCAGGGGGAUGACCCCGAAGUCACUGUCAGCUUUGAAGUUGUCAUCAAAGAGGAUGAGAUUGCUGAAAGAACCGAGCACUUUUUGGUGCAGAUGGCAGAUCCGUCAAGUGGACUUGUUGAAUCUGCAGCCGUAAUCAGCAUUAUUGACAACGACGACCCCUGUACCUGUCCCACCUGUAACCCAGAACCGUGUAAGAAUGGUGGAACCUGUUCGGACGGGGGAGAGGGACGGGCCUCAUGUGCGUGUACUGGCGAUUGGACUGGCGCUACCUGUGAAGGACCGGGACCAUGUAUCCUGCAAAUUGACAGUUGCACUCAAGAAUGUAUAGGCAUCGCUGGAACUUCUUUUAAAUGUGGUUGUUAUAGAGGGUUCACACUUCAGAAUGACAACAUCACUUGUACAGCUGAUACGCCUUGUGGUAGCAGUUGCUCCAAUGGUUCGUGCAUCAGAAGGCAAUCGGCCGACGUGUGUGUGUGUGAUCGUGGUUACCGACUCAGUGCCGACGACCAAACUCAGUGUGAUGACAUCGAUGAAUGCUUUGAGCUUACUGAUUACUGCGAUGACAACAGUCGCUGUAGGAACACUGCAGGAAGCUACGAAUGUGAUUGCGACGAGGCCUACGUGCUCAAUGCAGACCAACGCUCAUGCACGGUUGACAGAGGAAGCCAGUGUGAAACAGUAGGUGGUUUCCGUUGCAGUUGUACUGUUGCAUGUGACGUGUUCACCGGACAAUGUACAUCUGCUUGCUCCUGCCGUUUGGGAUUUGGAGGCCCCGCUUGUAUGACAGAAAUAAACUGUGGAGCUGGAACCCCAACAAGUGUCUGCCAGAACGGUGGAACUUGCACCGUGAUACCACCGGCAUCUCAAGGCAACCGCUACUGUCGUUGUCUGCCUGGAUUUACAGGGAAGGUCUGCGAAAUAACAUGUCCAGGGGACGUUCAGGAGUAUGAAGACGCCAACAGUCCCGGAAGAGCGAGGGUUGUAUGGGCACCAGAGCUAUUUGGCAAUCAUUCAAACACAGGUGUGGUGACACAAAGCAAUUACAUCUGCAGAAACCAGAAUGGGAUUCGAGUGAUGUCCAGUAGCUGGUACCCCGUUGGCGAAACCAGCAUAAGCUGCGAGCCUAACCGGACAACCACACGAGCAAGAGGAACCUGCGAGUUCUCAGUCACCGUCCUCCCUGAAAUAACCUACUACUUCGGGAAUCUCAGUGCCGUCAGUGAAGACGAAGGUCACCUGCUAGUAACCAUCAUCCGAUCUGGAGCUGCUGAGCCCAUCAAUACCACAGUUGUUUUUAGUACUCAGGAGUUAACAGCAAACAGCAGCGACUUCGAUAUCCUGGCAGGCAUAAGGGUUGCAUUUAUUGGUGAUGAGUCUGUCACGUCCUUCAAUGUAUCCAUCAGCGACGAUGAACUGAUUGAAGAGACCGAAUGUUUUCUGCUGACUUUAACCAACCCUUCGUUUGGUAGAGUCACUUCAAAUGCCACAGUGUGCAUCGAGGACAACGAUGGGACAAUGCCAUCCACUGAUGGACUGACGACUACGGCUACCACUGCAGCACCUGAUGGAGGGGGAAAUUCUACUGUUGGUGAUGGAGGUUCCUCUGUCAGUGGAACUAUUGGUGGGGGCGGAAAUGGAAGCACGGAAGCAACUGAUUCUUCCAUCGACGAUAGCAUGACUAGCCAAGGAACAACACCCUCAAAUGACAGACAGACGAUUCAAGACACAGGCUUGAGAACAGACUCGCCUACUGUGGCUACCACUGAAGGAACAACGUCAUCAGACGACAGACGGACAACUCCAGAAGUGGAUUCAAGAACAAACUUGCCUCCUGCGGCCACCACUGAAGGAACGUCGUCAGACGGCAGACUGACAACCCGAGAAGUGGAUUCAAGAACCAACUUGCCUCCUGUGGCCACCACUGAAGCAACACCGGCCCCAAUGACUCCCCAGAGGCCAGUGGUCUCCACCCCUGGACCGUCACAUCCAACAGUGUCACCGACUGGAAAUAAGAUUACAACCACUCAGCUGGUAGUAGAUUUGUCCACUAACCCUCCAGCCGAAGGGUGCAGUUUGGUGUCAGGCAGCUGCCAGCAAGGUGUUUUAGAUGCCGAUCACUGUGAAUGCGUUUGUCCGCUGACGUUAUUCGGACAAUUUUGUCAAGUUUCCAAUCCUUGUCUGGAUGGCAGCCUCUGCCCUGUAGAUUCACAGUACUGCGUGGCCAGCACUCAGUCCUCCACUGGCCACACAUGUGUCUGCAAUGCCUUGGGCGGUUACAUCACGGAUCAAAAUGGCUUCUGCUUCAGGAGGGUGGUACGUGUGUUCAGGCUGCGAGUGUUUGGUGUGAAUGGAGUCGCCAUCGACUUCACUCUUAUAUAUAUUAACCCAACCUCCACUGCCAGUCAGGAGGUCUUAACCGUAAGCUCCAAAGUGCUCCUCUUCAUACUUCGACGAAACGUGUUAACAUCGACUGUGGUGGACAUUCAGGGAAUCCGUAUCGUGAGCGGCGGCAGCGCAAUAAUAGAGUUUGUGGGCUUCUUUCCCGAUGAAAAUUCAGCUCCUUCGGUCACCACCAUACAAAGUGUCCUGCAGGCGAGCAGCAUGCUGGACGACGGCAGUGACAAUCUUGAAGUGGACACGCAGUACGUCACCGACAGUCAAUCUUCGUCAAGCUGCCCACAAGACUACUGUAGAAACGGCGGAACGUGUGAUGUAUCUGGACUUUAUCCUGUCUUCACAUUCACAUGCAGGUGUGCGACCUCAUUCACCGGUGGACAGUGUGAGUCCGUUAUCCCCCUCACGGCUACUGAUGAUGUCCCUUCACCUCAAUCAACCACCCCCGCACCAGAUUCCGAAGAUCUGACGAUGUUGAUUCUCGUUCUUGUAUUCACCGGCCUACUGAUACUUGUCGUCAUUGUCGGCAUACUCGUCUGCUUCAACAUUGUGCAGAGACGGCGCUACCAAGCUGGUCAUUUCUUCCAACCUGACACCCCAUCUGAUUCUUACUGGGCUUGGAGAAAUGGUGCCAUCCCCGUGUUUCCAGCCACCGUGAUGCACGACUACGAUCCACUCGGUUACUAUGACUAUGGCGACUCCAACAAGAUGCGCUCCUAUGGCAGGAAUGAGGAAAGGAGAAUGCGCCGACUGCAUCAGGUCAUGAGCCACUCGCCUUACUUGCAGCAGGGCAUUGGCGAGUUUCCCAGCAAACGGAGAGGGCUUUACAUGGCUACAGGGCGGGAAGCCUUCUACCGAGAAGACUCAAGGGAUGGAGGAGUAGCUGGGCGUGUGGUCCGCAAUCCUGUUCCCUACCAAGAACGGCACUGAGAAAGAAAUUUUUGUGGGGCAAAGCG